AUUAUUUUUGUGCAGAAUAUUUUUUUUCAGAAUUGUGCUCCUGGAAAAUAAAGCGAGCUCCACAAAUUCUACCAUUCGCAUCUCAAUUGGACAGUUGCAGAAUCGGAAUCAGAAUCGGAAUGGCGUCUCGUCGCCGUGUCCUUCUCAAGGUCAUCAUUCUCGGCGACAGCGGGGUUGGUAAGACGUCUUUGAUGAAUCAAUAUGUGAAUAGGAAAUUCAGUAAUCAGUAUAAAGCUACAAUUGGGGCUGAUUUCCUGACCAAAGAGGUCCAGUUUGAGGAUAGGAUAUUCACCUUGCAGAUAUGGGAUACUGCUGGUCAAGAGAGGUUUCAAAGCCUAGGUGUGGCUUUCUACCGAGGUGCAGAUUGCUGUGUGCUUGUUUAUGAUGUUAAUGUCAUGAAGUCAUUUGAUAACCUCAGCAACUGGAAGGAGGAGUUUCUUAUUCAGGCUAGCCCUCAUGAUCCUGAAAAUUUCCCAUUCGUUGUCUUAGGGAACAAAAUUGAUGUGGAUGGUGGCAACAGCAGAGUGGUAUCUGAGAAGAAAGCAAAAGCUUGGUGUGCCUCUAAAGGAAGUAUUCCUUACUUUGAGACUUCUGCAAAAGAAGGAUUCAAUGUGGAUGCUGCUUUCGAAUGCAUAGCGAAAAAUGCUCUAAAAAAUGAACCCGAGGAAGAAUUAUAUCUUCCCGACACCAUUGAUAUGGCAAAUGGGCAGCAACAAAGAUCCUCGGGUUGUGAAUGUUAGUCAUUCUCUGAGGUUAGAGUGCAACGAAGUUUCUAAUGUUUAUCGGAACAUUGAAUAGGGAAUAUAGAGCGUUUGUUAUCUGCUUUUGUUGCUUAUGCACUCUCUUUAAACGUUUGUUAUCUGCUUAUGCACUCUCUUUGAAGUUAAUUUUCUAGAAGUUAAAUUU